UUUGGCUGUCUUCAAGAUCUAUCUCUUUCGAGUAUCUCUUAAUAAAAGAUUCGUUGUGUGUUCACGACGAUUUCCAGGCUUGCCAAGAAAUUUCCAUUGUUCUUCAAAUUUUCCUCCUAAAAUGACAGUUGAGACUUAUCAUUUGGCUUAUUCUCCCGUUGUCGUCUUUGGCCCUUCCGGAGUAGGUAAAUCAACUUUGUUGAAACGUCUUUUAUCGCUACACGGUGACAAGCUGGGUUUCAGCGUAUCCCAUACCACCAGAAGUCCUCGUCCUGGCGAGCAACAAGGUGUAGACUACCAUUAUGUUAGCAAGGAUGAGUUUCGAAAACUAGUGGCUGAAAAUAAGUUUGUUGAAUGGGCCGAGUUUUCCGGAAAUAUGUAUGGUACAUCCAUUAUGGCCAUUAAGGACUUGGAAAAAGGAAACAAAAAAGCUAUUUUGGAUAUUGAUUUGCAGGGUGUUUUACAGGUUAAGAAGAGUGCUAUCAAGGCUCGUUAUGCAUUUUUGGCACCUCCCAGUGUUGAGCAACUAGAGGCUCGCUUACGCGGCCGUGGUACUGAAACUGAAGAGUCUGUUUUAUUGCGUUUAGAGCGUGCGUUGAAAGAGAUUGAAUACAGCAAGCAGCCUGGUAACUUUGAGACUCUUAUCGUUAAUGAUGAUCUAGAGAAGGCAUACAAGGAGCUUGAGGAGUUCUGUCUUUCUGACUCAUAAACAAAGGCUCGUAUUGUAUCUUGUAAUCUUACCUCUGUUACGAUUGGAGGUUUUAUAGCAUUGGUUGGUAUAUAAUUUCUUUGCAUACACAAGGUAUAAAGUAACUGCCUAUGAUAAUUUAAUUUAAUUUUUCUUCUUUCCGCUAUAUUGGGCUAAAACCUUUUAUAAAUAAAACAUCUAACAUCUAAUAACAAAUAACAAAUAAAAACAAGCAA